AUGUGUGAUAAUUUAAAAAUUUCAGACAAUUUCAUUGAGAAAUAUCCUGAUAGAGUGUAUAUUAAGAUAAUAAUUAGACCAAUUUUAUUAUAGAUAAGUGUUAGAUCUAGAUUGCAAUUUCAGGAUGGAACCAAAAUCAAAAAAUAUUUAAUGAGCAAAUCUGAUCAUUUUUAUCAUUUCCUCUAAAUCAUUCGAGAGACACUCCACGUUUAGCCACAAGAAAGCCUAUAUCUCUUCAUUAACAACUCUGGCUUGAUUAAAGCAGGUACAAUCAUUCAUAUUAAUAAGAGAGUCAAGUUGACGAAGUUUAUAAUAAAUUCAAAAGUCCUGAUGGAUUCUUGAGAAUUCAAUUGACAGAAUAUCCCUCAUUCGGAUAAUGAUGAAACUUAAAUAAUUCGUAC